CGGGAUGGGGAGCGGGGCGGCUCGGCGGCUUCCAGCGCUCCGGGAGCCGCGGCCGGUCCCGGUGCCCGGCGGGGCUCCCUCCGUCCGGCAGCCCUGCCCGGGGACGCGGGGAUCGGUGUCCCUUCGCUGGCCCUGCGCGCUGCCGGGAACGUGCGGUGCCUUUCGGGGAAAGGGGCUGGGGAGCGGCCGGGGCAUGUGCGGCGGGCGGGCAGCAGGAUGGAUGGAUGGAUGUGUUCGGGGGAUUAAUCGAGAAUUGCAAAGCAGAGGAGACAGAGGCAAAGUGUUAUGUAACACGUUUUCAUUACCGCUGCGAAGUCAUCUGAGCCGAAAUCUUGUUAUUUCCAUGGUAGUGUGUGUGGAGAACACUAGUUACCCAGCCCCUGCCCGCGCUCUGCCCGGCUGCCCCCGGAGCCGCAGGGAUACCUGUUUUCCUGUGUUUUGAGCCUACCUCGGUGGAAUUACAUUUAAAGCAGCAUCGUGUUAAACAAGUGAGAUCAUAAGGAAAACUACAGUGCUGUGUGAUGUGUGAUCAGUUCCUCUCCCCCCACACGCGAUUUUGUAUUGAGAAGUCCCGGUUUUGAGCUGGCAAGUGAUUUGUGUGGGGCAGGGGUCAGACCCUCCUGCCUGCCCUGAACAUCCCGGCUGCGGAGCCGAGAGCAGUUCCUGUGCCUUGUCCUGUUCUCUGGCUGCUGUGGAGGGGGGUCCCAAGGCCGGGGGUCCUGAGCAGGCGUCCCCACUCUCGCAGCCCACACCGGGGCCUGUGGCUUCUCCCCGGGCAGCGGCACUCGGUGCCCCGGGCGGCUGCGGAAUGAGCAGAUGGAUUCGGCCCCACCAACAGCCCUACCCCAUGGAGCGCCAAGGGGAGCCCCCUGGCCGCUCUGCUCCCCCUGCUCCGACAGAACAUGGCUGCUGUUCGGGGGUGUGGGAGGGGAGGUGGCGGGGCCCCUCACAUGCCAUGGGACCUGCGGGUGAUGCCAGAGGCCUUUGUCCAUCACCCACCAGAGUCACUGGAGGCUUUGUCCCUGUGCCUGAGCUUUGGCUGGAGUCCCGGAGGGUGAAACUUGAACUGAGGUUUUGUCUGCGCCGAGGAGCUGGAGGAGGCCCUCAGCUUUGUUUUACACUUGUGUGUGCCGCGGAGCACAUUCUGGGUGCACAUGGCGAGUGAGCUCCUAGUGUGUCCCCGGCCUCGUCCCCUGUCCCCAGCCGAUGCACCGUGGCAGCAUGAGCACACGGACACCCUCACGCUGCUGCUGGAGACAUCUGUCCGUCCGUCCGUCUGCUGAGGGACUGCUGCUGCCACUGGGAAGGACGGUCUGCGGUGAUGUGGUGACCUCAGGAAUCGCUCCUUGGAAAGCACCUGAGCUGGUUUUCAGGGUCCUCGCGUGCGGAUUUGUUCUGUGGCAGAUGAAGAGCCCGGUGGAGCGGGAGGGCUGUUCCUGAGGCUGGAGCCAGCACAAGACUGUUAUCUUGGAAACAGAGGACGCCCUCUGCUUUUUUAUUUUUGUGAAGAGUUUAGCAAUGAAAACAGGAGCCUUCCGGUCCUUUCUCUCCUCGAUUCGCCUUGCGAAUUUCUUUGCUGUCUAUCCUGGAUUCUCAGCGCCAGGCUGUCCUCUGUACCACCUCAUCAGCUUCCAGUCCCUCCGUGUUUUAUUUUUAAUAAGAGACAACUUUACCGCUAACCCUGCCUGCUGCUCUCACUUCUCUCUAACUCUAAUUGCUUCUGGCUUUAUUUCUGACAUUUCCCAUGUCGUUUCUCCUCAUUUUCUUGAAGACUGCUAGAAAAAUAGCUCCGAGAGAAGCAGCAGACCUUUCCAGCGCCCGUUUCACCCCGCGCAGCCCCUGCCUGGAGCUGCUGCCUGGCGUGGGAGAUGGUACCUUAUUGCUCCUUUCAAGUCGGAUUCCUUUUGCCCGGGGCGGCAGCAGCUGCGUGACCUUGCAGGCGAGCUUUGCUCUUACGCUGAGCAGGGCGAGACCCGCACACCCACCUCGCUCAGAAUUAUUCUGCCUGCGUUUUGCUGAAGGGGACUGGCUGCUCCCCGGCUCUGAGCAGGGCUGGGGGGGCAGCGCUGCAGCCCCGUGCAUCCCGGGGGUGCUCCAGGCCCACUCUGCCCUUCGCAGGUGUGGACGCGGGGGCUGCAGGGCGAAGCUCCGUUAUCUGGGAGAUGGCAGCCACUCUGUCACCUCCCAAAUUGCACCGACGUGUGUGCCUGCGGCUGCGCCAGUGCCUGCGCCCGCCUGGGAGGGACGGCAGCUUUUGCAGCGUGCCGCCUGCCGGCCCCCAGCCCUGCUGAGGACUUUGCUUCUGGAGCAACCGAGACGAUAUUUUAAACAAUAUGCCGUGCUUUUUACAGCAUUUAGCUCCUGAGUGAUUUGCAGUAUGAGUAAAAAUACGGUUUGCAAUUUCUAACCGAUUGUGUAAAGCAACUCAUUAAAAACAUACAUCCCUGCACACUGGCACUGAGGAAACUUUAUGGGCCUUGUAGUUACUGCCAAAGCAAACAUUUUCCAUGAAUUUCACUCAUCAAGUUCACGCUGUCAAAUGUAGAUUCAGCCGCUCGUCAAAGAUGCAAGCCUUGCAGUCUGGAAAGUAAUGAGAGCAGUAAGCAGUGGGAGUUAAUGGCCUCCACCAAGGAGCCCUUACUCAUCCCGCAUCCGCGCAGGGGCUGAGCUGGCUGCUCCCGGGUGAAUUGAUUGCCACAGAAAUUCAUCUAGUGUCACCGGCUAUGAUACUUAACAGGCACAAUAAUGCUUGAAUAAACUGCACUUUUAUGCAGCGGUUCGUACCUCCUAACUGGCAGCAAUUUCACAGAUGAGGCGAAGGGAGCGGCGCUGGUCUUUAGCAGCCUCUUCCCUGGAGCAUGAAUAAUUGUGGUAAUAACGCCGGGGCCGCCGCGCUGCCUUUGUGGCAUGGCCGGCAGGGUGAGGGGUGGGAGCUGCUGCUCGCCCUGGACGCUCGGGGGCUGCCCCGUGUCCCCAGUGUCCUGCCUGUGGGACGUGGGACCCGCUGUCCCCUCCGCUCCGGGUGUCAGAGCUUGGGUUUGCUUUACGUAACCGUUGUCUGUGGAAAAUUAGGAGCUGCUAAUUUUCCUUCAAAGGCCAGGCUGUGGAGGGAACCGCACAAGGCAGGGACCAGCUGUGCAGGUGGCCCAGUGGCCUCGCUCCCCGUCCCUGUCCUCGAGGUCUCCCAGCAUGGCUGAUGUACAUUGGUGCCUAUAUGAAUGUAUACAGGGUGGCGGUGAGCGCCCCGAGUGGCUUCGCACGAUGGCUCUGUAGGGUGUGAAUAAUCCAUAUGGCUUCCGACAGGUCUGAGGUUGAUUAUGGAAAUGUAUGCAUGCUUAAGCCUUUAAAUAUAGUUAAUGGGAGAAGGACUGGGAGGAAAGAUUACGGGAAUCAAUAUGAGGAGCGGGAGCUGCGCCGCUCCGGGCUGCCGUGUUCGUUAUUCUCGUUAGUGCUGGUGGUGAUGAAGUGGGUUACGGCAGCUCAGGCCCGGCGGAGUUUGGGACCAACACUUGCAGCAGCGUCACCCCUCGAGGGCAGCGGCGGUGGUGGGAUGGAGCCCCCAGCGCCUACACCCCUCCCUUCACAUGGCGUGGGUUUUACUCUGUCCUUCCUUCCUGACCUCCUGUCCUUCCUUCCUGUCCUUCUGUCCUUCCUUCCUGCGGUACCUGGGCAGGGGCUCCCGAAGCGGCCGCUGGCCCCUCCUCGCCUCGGGUACUCACUUCUCACCAGAGACACUUUGGUUUUCCCACUGGAAUAAUGUAAAACGCUGGACCUGAACUGCCUCCUCGAAAAUGGAAUUCAACUUGAUAUGAAUAUUUCCUGUGGCUCUUCUUACUGGGACCUGCACCUACAGACUUUGAUAGCUUACAUAAUUUCCUGUGAUGGAGAUGUACUUCAUCUAAUUUCACUUUGAAAUGCAUUGAUUAAAUCAGAACUGCUGGGAGAUUUAAACUGAGUCUCUGUGGCCUGAACUUAACUGUGGGAGGUUUACCUGCCUUCAUCCUUCAACAUUAAUUUGGUUUUAUGCGGAUUCCUCGUGAAAUGAGGUUUUGUCUGCCACUGAACUGCUGCUGCUCUGGGUUUAUUGGCUCCUUUCUCUGAGCGGCUCGGCAAGCGGAAGCCGCGCUGGAUCCUCCUUCCAGGGGACUCAGCGGGGACCAGGGGGCGGUUCUGGCAUCGUCUGUCUCUGGUGCCCCUUGCCCGGUUGCCCAGGCUGAGGCGAAGCCCCCGCGCCGCUCGCGGCACAGGCAGCGGGUCUGGGGAUGCUGCGGUGAAGCUCUCGCCCGGGGUCGGCGCUGCCGGGUGCGAUGCUCACGGAGCAGGAUGGAGACUUGAUAACCACAGAGAUAACCAGAGUUACUGCAGGAGCAUGUGUAACUUCUCCAGCGUGUCCCCUCCUCGGUUCAGCCUUUCUGGUACCAAGCAACAGCGACAAAAGGAAGAGAAAUCUGUCUUGGCUGGAGAUGGAUGAGCCAUUGGGUGGAAAUCAGCGGGGACAGGGGCAGCGAGCACCGAGCACCCCGGGCAGGAGGCCAGAGCGCCUGCCAGGGACUCGACCGGGUCCUUCCCGGCACAGCGGCGGGUGGCACAGCCCCGGCAAAGCCCCUGAGCCUGGGGCCGGUUCUCUGUGCGGGACCACUGACCGCCCUCGGGCCAGCGCCCGCUGAGAUUCAGUGCCGGAGGCUUCCCAAGAGCCUUCAUUGGCUUCCUGGAGAAAUUUAAUGGACUUUUUUUAGAAAAAGUUGAAGCUUAUCAUUCAUGAAGUGUUCAUUUUCAACUCUGAUCUGCAAAAUGUCUCAUUGUGACUUGGAGAUGCUGUGUGGGCAGGAGUUAUGCUUUAACAUGCGAUGAUUUUUUGCUUAGAUUUGCUCUGAAGGGCUUUCUUGACAGCUCUGCUUUUCUGGAAGCAUCGGUGCACUCCAGCGGUGCCGCGUCCGUCCUGCCGGUGGCCGCUGGUGUGUCCGGCAGCGAUGCCGUCACUGCACACCGGUGUUGUCCAGCUUGCCCAGUCCUGCCCGGAGCUGUGGGGAGCAGAAGCCGUUCCCUGGUGCCGUGUCUGGUCAGGUUGCCCGCUUGGAAGCCAUGCUUGGAUUUUAAUAGCCAUGUUCCACCUAGCCAUGGACCUCGCCAGCUGCCAGCCCGUGCCCGGUGGUGCCGGGGGGAGGCUGUCACCGCGGCCGGCGCUCCGGCACAGACUGUCCCGCGGCUCGCUGUGGGGCGCGGGGAGUGGGGAGGAGCUGCGGCGCCCCGGCCCCCCCUGGACCUGCACCCCCGUGCCCCCCUCGCAGAGACCCCGCUCCCGCCGGCCGCCCCCCGCUGCCCCGCUGCCUGCCAGCCACCCCCAGCGCCGGCCGCGCUCCCGGAGGGGCCGGCGGCACCUGCGCGGCCGCGGCUUCGCCCCGCGGGACGGGCGGCCCACGGCGCUGCCCGAGGUCAUCGUGUGGGGCCCCACGGGCGAGGAGGACUCCCUGGAGAGCAGCACGCUGCCCGGCGCCUUCGCCACCACCGUCGCCACCACCGUUGCCGCCACCACCACCACCACCGUCACCGCUGCCACCGCCGCCGCCACCACACCGCCCCGCGCGCCCCCCAGCACUCCAGCACCUGGCGGGGACGCGCCCCGGAGCAGCCCCGGCCGCACCAGCACCGCCGAGCCGGCCGCCGGCCACAGCAGCGGGAAGGACACUCGCCCACCCCGUGGGCUGGGGGACAGCACAGGUCUGGCGGUUCAUCAGAUAAUCACUAUUACCGUGUCCCUCAUCAUGGUCAUUGCUGCUCUGAUAACAACUCUUGUCUUAAAAAAUUGCUGCGCGCAGAGCGGGCGCCCGCGGCGCAACAGCCACCAGCGCAAGCUGGAGCAGCAGGAGGAGAGCUGCCAGAACCUGACCGACUUCGCGCCCCCCCGCGUGCCCAGCGCCCUCGACAUCUUCACCGCCUACAACGAGACGCUGCAGUGCUCCCACGAGUGCGUCCGCACCCCUCUGCCCGUCUACGCCGAGGAGGCGCUGCGCUCGCCCGGGGAUUAUAAAACCACCUUCAAUGGAAACAGCUGAUUUCUGCAGCAGCCCACCUCGCUUGCUCCUGCUGCGUUACAUGCCAGCACGUGCAAGCCCCUUUUUUGCUCGCCGCAGACCCUCUUCUUCUGACCGGCAUCUUAUUCCUGUGGCCUUUGUGUCUGAGAAGUGGUUUGAAAUCUCCUGCUGACUGGCCGAAGCCUGUUUGACUUCUGGGGGCAGGGCAGACGCCGUCGGGCUGUUUCCUGGAUUCCAUUGGUGAACCUGUAAAAACCAUAAAACAAAUACUGGGUUACCCGUACCUACCAUUUCUGUUUACCAGUAGGAGACUCACAGAGCAGCGUUCUAUGGGCCAAAUAUAUUUUUAUAAAAAUGAACAUGCCUAUAGGUAACUGUGUUUUUCAAAGAGCGCGUUUUUUGGAGAAGAGAAGGAAAAAAGGGUGAGCAAAGGAUCCAUGGAGGAGGACGAGGAACCGGCGAGGGACCGAGGGGAGGGACCGGGCGCCUGGCCGUGGACUGACUCCGAACCUGUGCCAAUAACACCAUUAUGUGCCAUGUACCGAGGCAGAGACUUCGCCAGAAGCCGAAGCCAAGUCGCUAACGCCUGGAAACGCUGUGGAGGACGAGGGGGGUGUCUCUUCUGGUGGGGUUGUUCAUUCCGGUCCAUACGCAUACAUACAUACGAUAUAUGUAGAGAGAAAAUAUAUAUAUACACACACAAACACUUUUUGUACUGUAGCAAUUUUUGAAGAUCUUAAAUACGCAUUUUUAAAGAAGAUGUCAUGGGCUAAAAGUCUCAUUUCUUUAACACGCAUAAUGCGAACUAGGUGAACUGAUGUUUUCUACUUUGGCAGCUUGCCUUUCAAACCUAUAUGUGUAUAUAUAAGUAGACAUAUAUACAUAUAUAUACGUGUGUGUGUGUAUGUAUAAGCAUAUAUAUGUAUGUAUACAUAUAUAUCUCUAGUUUUGGUUACUUGGGAAGCGCUUUUCCAGCAGGGCUGCGCUGCCCGGGCUCCGGGGCAGGCAGGAAGCGCCGGGAUGGAACCGGUUGUGGCUGCACGGACGCGUCUGCGCCACAUUCACCAAGUGCUUUCCUGCCCGAGGAGCUGCCGGAGCAGGUGGCGGCGGGACGGCUGUUGGCAGGCUGCUCUAGCCCGAGCCUUCGGGGUGGCCGGGAAGGAGCCCGGGAGCCGGCGUCUGCCCUUCGUUUCGCAGCGCGGUCCCUGCAGUGCCGGGUGUGACGCUUCGGGGCUGGCCGGGGAUGGGUUCUGGGCCGGGGCUUGCAAAUGAUGGGCUUCUUGGCACAAGAGACAACUGUCAGGAGUGGGGUGGGGGAGGUGUUUUGGAAAACGGCUUCAAAUCGGCCACGACACCAAAGCUUGUUCAAGCCCUUGUGAGAAACGCGAGGAGAGUGGUGGCUCCUGCCCCGGGUUCUCGUUGGGCGGCUGCCGCGUUCCAGGGGGGCAGCGACAGCAGCGAUCAGACCAAAGUCCUCCCGUUCUUUUUGUAAACUGCCCUUCGUAAAUAGUAGUGAUUUUUUUUAGACUUGUCCAGGUACACAUUUCUACUCAUCCAGUAAUUAUUCAGCUCCAUUUCUUUAUUAUAACGAGUGUGGAGUUAUAAAAAGGAAGCAGAAGCUCCUGGUGUUGCACGCAGCCCCGUGCGCAGGCUCCUGUUUCCGCACCCUCCUCUGUCCUUUCCUGAUGGAGUCGCACAGUCUGGUUUGUUUUCCCGGAGCUCUGCAGGCUGCCUGGGAACAAGUCUUCCUUGCCGGACCUGGUGGUCACCGGUGGACUCGAACCAAACCUCUCCCAAGGCUUUGGCAACAUCCCCAGCGACUCUGAUGAGCCUCGAGCGUCCCUGGGGUGGGCUCUGCUGCCCCCGCAGCGAGGGGAGGAGGGGGUCCCUGUUGCCAGGAGUCCAUCCGUGACCGACCCGCUCCUCCUGCAGAGGUGGUUUCUGGUGGGCAGAGCUGUGUGUCCCCUUGCUGGGGUUGGGUGUCGGGGUGUUAAACAGGGCCGGGUCCCCUCGGGCGUGUGCAGUGGAGCGGGAUCUGCGCUGUUUGUGUGUGUUGCAAGAGCAGAGCUUGGUGUGCUGGGCAGAGGGUGCUGUGCCCGGCUUGCGGGGCGCUGGGUCAGAUGUCUCCAUCAUCUCAGUGUACUGGGGCUUGUGUUUCGCUGGUGUAAAUGGUGCAGCCCCAGCAAAUCGCCCUCGCUGGCACGGUGUUUGAAUUCUUUGACUUUGCUGGCAUCAAUCGCUCCAGCUCAGAGCGGCGUCUGCUUCCCCCAUCCGUGUCCCUGUGUACUGCUGUGUGCUGGCUGCACCCGGCCGGUGUUCCAGUGGGUUUACCGGUGUGAUCUCGGUAGCGAUUUGACCUCGUAAAAUGUGUCUCGACUCCCUCGUUCCUGAGCGUUUGAAGCAUCGUAAUGUGUUGCAGGGAGGAAGGGGAGUGUCCGGGCAGAGCUGGGGCUGGCAGGGCACGCGGGCUGGUGACAGUGACGGAAGGUGCCCUGCCCCCUGUCCCCAGCCCAUCCCCCGGGGGAGGUGUGUGUGUGGGGGGGGUGUCAGAGAGAACAAAGGUGAAUAACUGACCCCAGAUGGCAGGAGUUAGCUUCCAAUGGCAGGACUUGCAUGAGCUUUCCACGCGGUCAGCAGGAGGACACGUCCUGGUCACCGAGAGAGGAGUGGUGAACCAGGGAACACAAGUACAUGCACAAUCUUCCCUUAUUUAUAAGGACCAACAGCACUUGCACUUUAUGGAGAAGCCCCCGCACGCCCUGCAUGCCAAGCACACGGACGGGCACAGCGCCGGGAGGAGGGAGCUGCACAGGGGCUGAUUACGAGGCAGGAUCCCAGUGUCUUUUGUAGUAAAAAGAAAUGAACUGUGGUUAUUUCAUUCCUUACCGUUGAUGAAAGCCAGAAAAGAAAGCAAGCAGUGAAAACAUGAAGUCACAUGCGCGUGGAACAGACCUAUGGGGCCGAUCUUUCACGCAGGGGAAGAAGCAGGCGAGUGUGGGGUUUGCAGACGCGUUCCCUCCUGAGCUUUGCCACGUUACAGCCACAUCGCUCCGAGGUCGUUUGGUGCCCACAGCCACGGGUGGCGGCGCUGGGUGGGCUCCUGCCGGCCCUGCCCCUCGCCGGGCACAGAGCUCCGACUCCAUCCGGCUGAGCCAGCCCGGAGCUCCUUGAGCAGUAACCGGGAGGUUUUGGCAACGCUCACGCCACCGGGUGCUUUGGAUCAGCUGGAGCCGCUCGCCCGAGCAGCCGGGUCUGGCUGCUGCGCGGUGACAGGUGGGACUGGGAGAACGAGGCGUUUAUGGUGUCACUCAGCCCAGCCCGUUUUCCAGCCCCGUAGCAUUGUGCAGGUAGCAGGAAAUGUCCCGCGGUGAAACGCAGCCCUGGCAACACAGUUAUGCUGGAUGGACCCACGAGACAUCCAGGGGUGCAGCGCAGACACAGCAUCAAGCGUCCUCCACCGCCCAACAAAACCAUGUUUCCUGUGUGCCAUUUCCAUGGGAAAACAGGUUUUCGCUGCGUUUUGUUUCAUUGUGGUUGUGGCAGCUUGUGAAUGAAAAAGGCUUUGCUCUUGCUUUGCUGUAGACUUCCAGCUCGCUGCUCCUUGGUUCUCUUUGGUUCAUUCUCUGGAUUUCUCAGCCCCUUAGCCGUUGGUAAGAAAUGCGUCACAGCUGCCAGGGGGCCGCGCACCCCGAGGCGAGCUGCCGAGCGUCCGUGUGCUGCUGCCGCUCUGCCUGCUGGACCGAGCGGCCGGGGAUGAGCCCUUUGCUGCUGGCACCGCCGUCCCCUCCCUGCGCCAAACUGGGCUGUGCUGGGGCUGCUGGGCCGUGUUGGGCGCCUGGGCGUGCAGGGACGGGCUGGUUUGGUACCCGAGCCCGUCGCUGUGCAAACUGGGCAGCAUCUGCCCGCGGCACCCCCGGGCGCGCAGGGCAGGGGGUCCCGGUUGUCUCCCCAAAUCCGAUGGGUUUUCCUCCACUCUGUCUUCCCAGUGAGGGCUCCGGGCGGCGCCGGGGCCGUGGGGCAGUGCCGGGGCCAUGGGGCAGCACCGGGGCCAUGGGGCAGUGCCGGGGCUGUGCCGGGGCCAUGAUGGGGCCGUGGGGCAGUGCCGGGGCCGUGGGGCAGCAGAGCCAGCCUGGGGCGCGUUUCGGGUUCCCUCUCCUCCACUGGCAGCGUGUUGCAAAGGAAGGUCGUUCAGCUAAGAUGGUAGUUAAAUAGUAGAUAUUCUACACAUAUUAUAUAUUUUGUAAAAAAAGAAAAUAAUAAUAAAAAAAAAAUAGAACAAAAGUAUAUCUAUAGUAUCUCAGCCCACCCAUUUCAGGAGGAACAUGGUUGGAGUUUUCGUUCAACCAGCUAUAAAAUCUGUAAGCGACUCUUUCAAAACCAGCAGGAGAUCCCUCACGUUCAGUCCGCGGGUUUGGCUCCAGAUCUCAUGUGACGCUUCUCACGCAUUUUUAAGGAUUAUUCUCAGCGUUUGUAGGUACAUUUUUAAUAGUGUCACGAGUGGAGAUAAUAUUUACUUUGGGAAAAAGUAUAUGUUGCACAAAAACGUACACUAAGGGCACAGAUUUCUGACCCAGAUUCUUCUAUUUUAGGUUCCGAGGGGGUUUAUUUUUGUUCAAUAGGACAUGUACAGUGAAGUUUACACUUUAUUUUGCCAAAAAAAACAAAGAAGUUUUCUAACAUGAGACAGCUUUUCCUUAUUUGUAACCGGUUUGCCAUCACUGAGCGCUUUGGUUACUUGUAACCGGUUUGAUAUCACUGAGCGCUUUGGUUACUUGUAACCAGUUUGAUAUCACUGAGCGCUUUGGUUACUUGUAACCAGUUUGAUAUCACUGAGCGCUUUGGUUACUUGUAACCGGUUUGCCAUCACUGAGCUCUUUGGUUAUUUGUAACCGGUUUGCCAUCACUGAGCGCUGUGGUUAUUUGUAACCCGUUUGCCAUCACUGAGCGCUUUGGUUAUUGCCGGGAAGCGCCGGGGGUGCCGGCGCCGCCGCCCGCGGGGCCCACACACCAGACCUGUCUUCUCCCCGAGUGGUUUUUAAUCUGUCUCUGUACUGGAAGCUGUGUGUUUGGAAGCACUGUAAAUGCCACCUGUACCAACCUCCCUCUGUAUAUUUAGUACUCUGAUGUUGCUAUUAAAACUGAUAUGAGAACCGCG